GUUUGAAUAUGACAUCAUCAUCUCCUUAGCUCAGAAAAACGACAAAACAAAAAAAAAUUCCAAAGGAAAGUGAGCUCUCUCCCCGUUUCUGUAAACAAGGAUUUAAAGUGUCUCUGUUUACUUUCUCUUAAAUAUCUAGAUUUUGAUCGUAGCUACAUUACUCUUUCCCAUGGCUGCCCCUGAUGAGGACCAACGGUUUAUUAAGCCUUUCAUCUCACAUAAGUCAGCUAAAUCAUUGGCGAUUCCGUUGGCCUUCAACGAAUACUUUCCGGAUCCAUUGCCAAAUACAGUGGAGCUCCUAGACUACUAUGGGAGAUCCUGGACGAUUAGGAUGAAGAAGAGAGGAGAGACGGUGUUUUUAACUGUUGGUUGGGAAAACUUUGUAAAGGAUAACGAGCUUGAAGACGGUAAGAUGAUGGAAUUCAUCUAUGACUGCGACCGGACCUUUUAUGUUGUCAUAUUUGGUCAUGGCGGGGUUAGCGAGCUUAGAGUCUUUCCUCAAGCCGUAGUAGAUGUUGGUGACUAUGCAACAGGCGAAGAAGAAGGAGAGGAAGAGGAAGAGGAAGAGGAAGAGAAGAACAAGAGUAACUGAAACUUGAGUCUGUAUCAUCCACGUAGGGAGAAACAAAUGCUGCUUUUGAAGUUAGUUUAUCAGUUUAUUUAUUUAAAAGUCUUAUGUAACAAGAUGUUUAAUCUAAACCAAUCUGAACCAAACGCUUGUGGCUUGGUGGUAAAGGAGGUACAGCUGUACUGUCCGACACCCGGGUUCGAACCUUGGCCACAACGGAUUUAACAUCCCUUCCGUUGGGGCGCUGGACCCCUACGGGUAUAGUUGGGAAUGCAGCUGCUCAGAUACCAGAGUUACA